AUGGGUGGCCUCAACCUAGAAGUGUUCAAGUUCGGCAUGUAUGUCAUGUUCCCCAUCGGCAUCAUGUACUACUUCGGCACCAACCUCGACAACCGGUUCUCCGUCCACGACUUUUGGCCGCGGCCCGAGGAGUGCAACAAGGUGCCGCGCGACCGCGAGGAGGUCAAGGCCGAGUACGAGCGCAUCGUCGCGCGCCAGCGCUUCCGCCAGGCGCAGAUGCUCGAGGAGGAGCGGCAGCGGGCGAGGCUGCAGCCUGCGCCGCCGAGCAGCGGCAACGAGUCGUGA